AUGGCUGAUCCCAAGGAAGCUGAGAAGGGGGGUGUUGAGCUGGGUCCCCCUAAUGCAGCUCCCUCCGCAGGGACCAUGUCCACCCGACGCCUCCGCAGCGAGGACUACAAUGACUACAGCUCCACGGAUGUCACGCCGGAGGGAAGCCCGCCCGAUGGCAUGAAUGGCUUUGCCCACCCAGAGUCCUACCAGCGCUUUGGGGAGACCAAUGGGACAACGUGGUACCAGACCCUGAUCCACCUCCUGAAGGGGAAUAUAGGCACGGGGCUGCUGGGGCUGCCUCUGGCUGUGAAGAACGCCGGCCUCCUGCUGGGUCCUCUGAGCCUGCUGGUGAUGGGAAUCGUGGCUGUACACUGCAUGGGCCUCCUGGUGAAAUGUGCCCAUCACUUGUGCCACAGGUUCCAGAAGCAGUUUGUGGACUACGGAAAUGCCAUGGUGUACGCACUGGAGUCAACUCCCAGUGCUUGGCUGCGAACACAUGCGGUCUGGGGAAGGCGUGUAGUGGAACUCUUCCUGGUCGUCACUCAGCUGGGUUUCUGCUGCGUGUACUUCGUCUUUAUAGCUGACAAUCUGAGACAGGUCGUAUCUACAGCAAACGGGACCACCAAUGACUGCAGCUUGAACAAGACAGUGACCUCGACCACCACCAUGGAUUCCCGGCUGUACAUGCUUUCCCUGCUGCCUUUCGUGGUGCUGCUCACGUUCAUCCAGAAUCUCAAGGUCCUGUCAGUCUUCUCCAUGCUGGCCAAUGCAGCCAUGCUUGUCAGUCUCAUCGUGAUCUACCAGUACGUCGUCCAGAACAUUCCUGAUCCCAGUGACCUGCCUCUAGCAGCAGCCUGGAAGACCUACCCUCUGUUUUUUGGCACUGCGAUGUUUGCUUUUGAAGGCAUCGGGGUGGUGCUGCCUCUGGAAAACAAGAUGAAGAGCCCCCGGCAGUUCCCAGUCGUCCUCUAUUCAGGGAUGGCCAUUGCCACAGUCGUGUACAUCAGCCUGGGUGUCCUGGGGUACCUGCGCUUCAGGGCAGACAUUCAGGCCAGCAUAACGCUCAACUUGCCCAGCUGCUGGCUGUACCAAGCCGUCAAGCUGCUCUUCUCCUUUGGAAUUUUCUGCACGUACGCUGUGCAGUUCUACGUGGCUGCUGAGGUCAUCAUCCCUCCCAUCAUUGCCCGGGUGUCGGAGCGCUGGGGCUGGCUGGUCAACCUCCUUCUCAGGGCAGCCCUGGUCAGCUUGACCUGCGUGUUGGCCAUCCUCAUCCCACGCCUGGACAUCGUCAUCUCGCUGGUGGGCUCCGUCAGCAAGCUCGUCUUCCCCCCGCUGCUGGAGAUUGCCUCCUACUACGCAGAAGGCAUGCACCCCCUCACCAUCGUCAAGGACAUCGCCAUCAGCCUCUUCGGCUUCCUGGGCUUCGUGCUGGGGACGUACGUGGCGCUGGUGGAGCUGACUGAGGGUAACCCCCCUGUUGUGGAUGCCAACAGAUGA